AUGAGUUAUCUAUCAGAGCGACAAAAAUCAAAGAAUAAAUACAGGCGACAGAGUAUGAAUAGGAACGAAAGAUAUCUAACUGAGGGCAAGAAUGAGGACAAGGGGGAUCUCGCCAACCUCACCGCCGCCCUCGACCUCGUCGGCUCACUCAGCGCUGGCGAGUACCACGGCGCCGCCGGAGCUUUGAGUCUUCUGCCCACUGCCGGUGCCCUGCUCGGCGCCCCGACUCGAGAGAUGUGGAUCGUGUACAAGCUUGUCCCGUUGGCGGGUUUGCUGAGCAUGUUUCUGAGUCUCGGGGGUUCCAUCACGCCGCCCAACGUCGGAGAGUAUGACCCAGCCGAGCCCUUCUCCUACGGCGGCUUCAUGCCCACGACUCGUUCCAGGGCGGCCAUGAGGAGGCCGACGACCCCCGCGAGCUCUGCCCCUGGAAACCGUGGUGCGGCAAAUACCUUUGAAGCCGAGAACGAGCAAACCGAGGCGCAGGCGUUUGCCCAGGAGGUCCUUCAAAGAGCCGAGGAUGACAGCGGGGGUGGGAUCAAGUUUGGAAUCUUCCUAGCCCUGGCUCUGCAGUUCGUCUUCAUCAUCGCGACGCUUAUACCUAUGUGGUAUGCACAAAGGGGUGCAGUCUGGGGUUGGAUGUACUUCUGGUACUUUCUGGUCACUGGAGUAUCCAUCUUUGACAACCUCGUCGCCACCCCAUUCACAACCAGCUGGACCAUCCGCGUGUCCAGGAAGCCAACGGGGAUCCUACUGGACGACACUGUCUCCAAGAUCACGGGCCGGCGCAAGUACGACAACGCCCUCGGGGCCAUCAAGGUAGGGCCAAACACGAACCAGCGGAUCCGGAUCGCCACCGAUGGGGGCUCGGGAUACUCGCGGACGUGCUUCUACGUUGUCGGCUCAGUCCAGGGCAUAUCGCGCAUGCAUGCAAUCGCCCAGAUCAUCUCCAAGGCGUCGAGCGUGGCAGUGUACGCCUUUGGAACUGCACUAUUUGCGUCAGCGAGCCUCAUUCCAUCUCCAUCGUGCUGA